CGUUCAGCAAGGCAUAGAGGGCAAGCCCUUCGUUUACUUGCAUGCUUAUUUAAACGGGCUUGCACACCGCUCUGCAGGCGUGGGCGGUUAAACAUUACAAUAAAAAAAAUCAAUAAAAAAAAAAGUACAAAACAGAAUCCCGUGUGCUGCCAUGGACAGUGUGAAGAUGGAUUCUUUCCUGAUUAAAGAGGAGUUCCCUGACCUUGUACUUGUCCCCAUUAGAGUGGAGUUCUCUGGACUGGCUUCCCUCCCCGUUAAACAGGAGCUCUGUGAGACGAAAAGCGACAGCAGCCAGCCAGUCUCUGAGAUUAAAGCUGAGCACAAUGAACUGGAGAUCCCCCAGACAGAAUUGGAGUUCCCCCAGACAGAAUUGGAGCUCCCCCGGACAAAGGAACUGGAGAACGUUGUAGAUUGGUUGUUAAAGACUCCCUUCGGAACGCUGGAACACGCAGAGAAGGUUCGCAUAAAAUCUGAAGGCAGGCCUCGACCUCAAAUAAACUCUGUCCAAGAUGAUGCUGGACGGAGUCGGUCAUUUCGGUGCCAGUGGUAUGAGAGAGUGGACUGGCUGACUGGGAGUGCUGUUACAAACUGCCUGUACUGUUGGCCCUGUUUACUGUUCAAUGGUUUCGUUACGUGGACAAAAUCUGGAUAUAAUGAUUUUAAAAACAUGGAUCGAUCAGUGAAACGACACUCCAAAUCAAAAGAGCACGUCAGCGCCGAGGUGAGAUUGAAACUGCUGGGACAAAGUCGCGUUGAGCACGUGGUAGACGAAGGCGCGCGAAUUCAAGUCGCAAAGCAUAAUGAAACCGUGAGAAGGAACAGGGCCAUUCUGAAACGCCUGAUCGAUGCAACAACUUAUUUAGGUCGCCAGGAAUUGGCAUUCAGAGGGCAGGACAGCACAGCAGACUCGUUAAACAAGGGGAACUAUGGGGAGCUGACGGAGGUCAUUGCGCACUACGACGAACUGCUCGCCACUCACAUCGAGCAAUCUGCCGUCUUCACUGGAAUGUCAGAACCGAUCCAGAACGAUCUGAUUUCUUCCAUCUCGUUGUCCGUGCUGGAGGAGAUCAAAAAGGAAAUUAAUGCGGCACCUUUUUUUGCGUGGCAGGUAGACGAAAUGACCGACAUUGGCUGCCGUUCCCAGGUUUCUAUAAUCGUGCGGUACGUGGAUGAAAUAGGAACGCUGCAAGAGCGGUUCCUGGGUUUGUUUGACUUGACCGGGGUGAGAGAUGGACAGUCAGUGUUCAAGCUUGUCAGCACAGCCAUGUCCGAGUUCGAUUUCAAGGAGAAACUGGUCGCACAGGCUUACGAUGGCGCUACGGUGAUGCCAUCUGAAUUAAACCGGCUACAAGCCAAAGUAAGAGAAGUGGCUCCCAGCGCUGUCUUUACACACUGCUGCGCGCAUCAUCUCAACCUCGUAUUAAGCCAAGGGGCAAAAUUCAUUACACAGGCUCGGGUGUUCUUUGCAACACUAGGGGGGUUUUCUUCGUUCUUUUCAAAAUCCUCAAAAAGGGUAGAUUUGUUGGAAGAAACCAGCUCUACUGCGACUCGCUGGGAUUUCACCUCGAGGGUUGUGGGGACUGUUGCCAAUAACUACACCAAACUGCUUGAGACGUUCUCGCGCGUUGUCAACUCUGAGGGAAUGGAUGAUGACACCGUAGGAGCGGCCAGCGGGUUCAUUCGCACGCUCGAAGAUUUCGACUUUGUGUUCAUGCUUUUCACGUUCAACCAAGUUUUCUCUGACACGGGUGCAGCGUUCGAUAUCAUUCAGCAAAAAGCGAUGGACGUCACCUUCUGCAAAAACAGAAUCGAGACCCUGCUUCAUUCCGCCGAGGAGAAAAGGUCAGAAGAAGCAUUUAAUAAAAUUUAUGAAGCAGCAGCCAGCUUGACAGAAGACCCAGCUGACAGACACCUGAGAAAGAGAUGCCGACAGGAGGGGGCGCACCGAGAUGUAAAGCAACAGUACCGCACGCUGUAUCACUCCGUUCUGAACAAUUUACUACUUCAGAUCCAUCAUCGAUACGCAAGCCUGGAGGAGACGCGAUUUCUUGAGCUGCUGAAUCCCGAGAAAUUUGCCACAAUGAAGUCUGCAUUCCCAGAUGAAGCACUGGGGUGCCUGAAUAAGGGAUACGGAAGAUUUUUUGAAAUGGACCGUUUGAAAACAGAGCUGCAAGUUUUUUACUGGGACAGGGAGUUGCACGGUGCCAACAGCAGCAUUUCAGAUUUGCUGCAGUCCUUCAAGCGCAGCGGCCUCGACCGCGCCAUGCACCAGCUGUACAAGCUCAUGUGUUUAGCAGCAACAGUUGGCACAACAUCAUGCGGUGUGGACAGAACCUUCUCCUGUCUCGAAAGGCUAAAGAGCUAUGCCAGGAACACAAUGGGACAAGAACGCUUUAAAAACCUGGCGGUUUUAUCUAUUGAGAAGGGGAUCGUGAAGGCGCUGGAAAAGAAUCCUUGCUGGUACGAUGGAGUCAUUGACCAUUUCGCAACGCCGAGAGAGAGAAGGGCAGACUUUAUCUACAAGUAAAGUGAAAGAGGACUGCGGCGCGAGGGAGCUGUCACCCCAGAGCCAGCAUCGCCGCCCAGAGCACUACUCCCCCAUUCACAGCGACGCACGGCGCCACCAGGAGGAAGGGGCACUGAGCACAUUUUUGUUGUUUGUUUUGGGACUGUAACCCACUGUCUACUCCCCUGAUACCAUCGUUGGUAGAGGGGCGGCAUUAUUAUUAAGUGUCAUAGUAAAUAUAAAUUGUUUUAAGAACA